AUGAGAUACUCCCUCGGCUUCUCCGGUCUUUUGACCGUGGCCUUGAGCUCCACUGGCCUCGCCCAGACUACGACUCCUGGACCUUCUACCACCGACUUCUCCACCUCUGGUGGCAUGAACGUCCCCACCUCGGUCACCUCUCAGCUGCCCGUCACUUUCACCACCACCAUGACCACUAUGGCCAAACCCACCAAGUCUCCCGUCCCUGGCAAGUGUGAGUGCGGCACUGGAACCUGCUUCACCCCCGAGAUCUGCAGCAUCGAGUGUACCACCGUGUAUGAGGACUGCUGCAGUAUUGAGGGCUCUGACAUCCAGGUGUGCAAGAACCAGUACACCGUCUGUCUCGGCUACAACCCCUACGACUCUGUCUUUGUCAAGCCCACCAGUUGCAAGCACGACAAGAGCUACUAUAUCGAGUACGAGUCCAAGUACACCAGCUCUUACUUCGAGGAGAAGUACAGCUCCUACUACUCCUCUUCUUCAUACUCCACCUCUUCUUACCACUCUGGCUACCACGCCGGCUACUACACUGCCGAAUACUGCUGCCUCGAGUGCACCACGAUCUACGAUGAGUGCUGUGCUGUUCCUGGUGCUGAUAUCGCUAUCUGCAAGGAGAAGUACACUGUCUGCCUCGGCUACAACCCCUUCACCGUCGUUCCCUGGGAGGUCCCCUCUUACGACAAGUCCUACGGCCACAAGGAGAUUAAGGUUACCGAAGAUGAAUGCUGCGUCCAGUGCACUACUGUCUAUGAUGAGUGCUGUGCCAUCCCUGGUGCCGACAUUGCCAUCUGCAAGGAGAAGUACACCGUCUGCCUCGGCUACAACCCUUGGGAUGUUACCCCCUUCGUGAAGCCUACUGUCUGCAAGCACGGUGAGGACUCUGGUUCCAAGGGCAGCAACAACAACGGCAGCUCCAGCUCCAGCUCCAGCUCCAGCCAUGAGGAGGAGUGCUGUGUCCAGUGCACCACUGUCUACGAUGAGUGCUGCUCCAUUGACGGCCACGACAUCGAGGUCUGCAAGAAGGAGUACGUCGUCUGCCUUGGCUACAACCCCUGGGAUAUCACCCCCUUCGUCAAGCCCACUGUCUGCAAGCACGGCGAGGACUCUGGCUCCAAGGGCGGCAACAACGGUGGCUCCAGCUCCAGCUCCAGCUCCAGCUCCAGCAAGUCCGAUAACUCCUCCAAGACCUCUGGCUCCAAGUCCGACAGCUCCAGCAAGUCUGGUGGCUCCGACGAGGAGUGCGCUGUUGAGUGCACCACUGUCUACAAGGCCUGCUGCGACGCUUCCGGCGCCAUCAUCGAGACCUGUAAGACUGCCUACACCACCUGCCUCGGCUUCAACCCUUGGGACGUCACUCCCUAUGUUGAGCCCACCGUUUGCAAGAAGGGUGGCAAGCCUUCUGGUGAUGAUGUUGUCGUCGUCUCUGGCGGUGAGCGUGUCCGCCCCGUUCUGGCUCUCCUUGCCAUGGGUGCUAUUGCUCUCCUCUAAACGAUUAGCGACUAUGUAACCGCAUAAUCUUCGCUUCGUUCUUCUAUUUCCACUCCGUUGCUCUGGGGCUCCCGCACCUUACCUUCUUACUUUCUCAGUGGGAUGUCUGUUUCUGUGCAGUGGAUGCUUAGCAUUCUUAUCUUUUGAUGAUCUUAUGGUUUUAUGGGUGUUGCCGCAUACUCGGCCUAAAAUAGUUCACGAUAGACACGUAUGUAAUAUCGACGACUAGAUGGAGAUUCUCUGGAUGGCGGUCCUGGGCUGUUGGGGGCGAUUACAUGUAUCCAUAGUCUACAUUAGACUCUGUGUCCAGAGAUCAAUUCACUUACUUCUCUGUCAA